ACCAUGACAACUGGUUACUCAGAUUUAUGAAAUGAGCCACCGUCGGAUAUUACAAGGUUUGACGUAUAUUAACCCUCUUUUUUAAAUAUAGACUUUGAGCAGUAUCAAAAGUCUAGAACUAAAUUUGUACAAACAGUCGCCGAGCUUGCUGUCCAGCCACAAAAUAUUGAUGUUCUGCAGAAUUUAGGAGUAUUGUCUUUGUUGAGACCACUUUUACUUGAUACGGUACCCACAAUUCAACAAACUGCGGCUAUUGCAUUAGGACGUCUAGCUAAUCAUCGAAAAGAUUUAGCUGAAGUUAUUGUUAAAGGUGAUAUCCUACCUCAACUUGUUUAUUCACUAGCUCAGCAGAACGUAUUUAGUUUAAUUCAUUCAUCUUAUUUUAUUAGAGAUUUUAUAAAAGAGCUGCCGCAUUUGUACUGAAGUCGAUUGCCAAACACUCCGCUGAACUUUCACAAAGUAUCGCAGACUGUGGAGCCUUGGAUGCACUCACUGUUUGUUUGGAGGAAUUCGAUCCAGCUGUAAAAGAGGGUGCUGCGUGUGCAAUUGGAUGUAUGGCUAAGCACUCAGCUGAGCUCUCUCAGGCGGUCGUAGAUGCAGGUGCUAUUCCACUGCUUGUGCUAUGCAUUCAAGAACCCGAAAUAAGUCUUAAAAGAGCAACUGCAUGUACACUAGCUGAAAUAACAAAACAUACAGCUGAUCUUGCCCAAUCGGUUGUUGAUGCUGGAGCAAUCGCUCACCUUGCACAGCUUGUACUAAAUCAAGAUUCACUACUUAAGCGCCAAGUAUUUGCUGCUUUAUCAACAAUCGCUAAACAUUCUGUGGACCUGGCGGAGCUUGUAGUAGAAGCCGAAAUAUUUCCAGCUGCAUUGGUGUGCCUUAAGGACGUGGAUGAAAUUGUUAGGAAAAACUGCGGCAACCUAGUCAAAGAAAUAGUCAAGCAUACGCCAGAACUCAGCCAAUUAAUUGUUAACUGCGGUGGAAUAGCUGCAAUAGUUGACCAGAUUGGUGAUACUAAAGGAUUUACAUGUCUACCAGGUGUUAUGGGUUUGGGAUAUAUAGCUGCUCAUUCUGAAACCUUAGCAAUGGCUGUGAUAGUUUCAAACGGAGUUUCACAAUUAAAAUGUGUACUCAUAAGGGAAUCGAGCGAGGAGAUACAGGCUGCCGCAGCUUGGGCGCUUGGUCAGAUUGGUCGGCAUUCUCCUGAACAUGCGAAAGCCAUAGCUCAAGCCGACGUACUUCAGAAUCUGUUGGAAUGCUAUCUAAAACAAAAUGCAUCAGAGGAUCUUAAAGCAAAGGUAUCAUAGUCACUUAUAUUCACGUUUUCUUUUAGACCAAAAAGGCACUGAAGCUAAUAAUUCAGAAGUGUAUUAAUUUAGAAGCACUAGAACCUUUAUUGCAAAAAGCACCUCCAAGUAUCUUGAAACAUGCAGUUGCACAGUUUAGCAAAGUUCUACCACAUGAUAGCAGAGCACGUCGGUGGUUUGUGGCAUCUGGAGGUCUUAAAAAAAUACAGGAGCUGAAGGACGACAACGAAGGCUUGUUGUCGGAGUACAUCAAUGCUAUAAACAAUUGCUAUCCGGAAGAGGUUGUACGUUACUACUCCCCAGGUUAUGCUGAGACAUUAAUGGAGCGUGUAGAAGCAUACCAAAUACCGAUUUGAAAUCUAAUCCUGAGUAAAGAAAUAAAGACGGUUCAAAGACAUUAACUUUCAUGGAGAAAUCCUUAUAAAGCACUUAACAUAACUUUACAAAUAAAAGUUAGUGAGUAAUAUAAAAAAGAUUAUGAAUUUGAAUACCAUAAAAUGCUUAAUACUUUAUGUACUUAAAAUAUAUCAAUUAAACGAAUCCCAGUUAAC